CUUUGGAUUUAAAAGGUCACUUGCACUUUUAAACUUUCUUGUCGCUUGGGUGGUGGCAUCAAUCGUUGCAAAGUGCGAAAGAAAAAAUUGGCCACAACGCACCGUCGUUUGUCCUCAUUUCUUUCACUUCGAUAACUGCUUCAGCAACAGGUCUAUUCAGUGUACUUUUAUACGCAUCAUGCCCAUCGACACGUCUGCUUCAGUGGCGGAAGCCAGCGCCAUUGGUUGGUUUGACUUUGCCAUUGCGACGAUUUGUGCAUGGCUGGUGCCUCGACUGAUUAGUCGUCAGCGACUAUACCAUCGAACACUGCGUCGGUCUCCCAUGUGGAUCAACGAGAAGGUUCGCAUGUUCAUGGACGUCUCGGAGAAUCCCCGCGAUUUUGCUGAACGCGCCAUUACCCGAUCCAUGCUACAAGCCAUUGGAAUCUCGGUCUUUAUCUAUACCGUGACCGCCCUGGUAUUGUCACUGUUGACACGCAAUUUGGAUUUUCGCACGUCGUACAUUGUGGUGGGAUUAUCCAAUUUUGUGGGAUCCGCCUUUGUCUUUUUGCUGUCCUUUUCGGCGCCGCGAUGGCUGGGGAUCUACUCGAGCCAGCACAGCAACGGCCGUCGCAUCCCGUUGGGAGCCAACCUCAAGACACUCUGUAUUCGAGUGCGACUCCAAGUAUUCCACACAUUCCUCAAAGUCUAUCCACUCACGAUACCCUUCUUCUUGGGAGCCAGACCCACCACCGUGCCGGCAUCGGUCUUUAUUGGAUCCAUGCUGGGAUUCUUCCUUUGCCUCUCCAUUGACUUUGGAAAUCGAGAAAUCAAAGAUCGCAAAAAUCUACGCAAAUUUGCACUCGCCGUUGCGGGAGGAUUCAUUCUCGCGUCGGCCUAUCUAUUCAGUUAUGGAUGCAGUUAUGUCGAAGAAGUCUGGGGAGAUAAUCAGGCGGCCGCGGACGACAAUCUGGUAGAAGGAAUCGCCUUUUUGUGUUGGACGGUGGCAGGAGUUUUGCUCCACGUCGCCACCUGGAAAUAUUCCAAAAUGAUGGUGGCUUCGGGAAAACACGAAAAGGUCAAACGCCCAAAGACUUUUUUUGGUUCCUCCGUAUUCAUCUCCCAUCGACACCUCGACAAUCCGGAAAGCAAACACAAAUCACGGUUUUCCAUGCUCUUGUCCGGCAGAAGCUUGUUCAAAUCAACCCGCAACACCAACAGCAUUCAGGAACCUGCCAGAACCAGCAAUUCGUCCAUGGAUCAUCAUCACAGCAACCACGCUGUCAAUAGUCAUCCCAGUAUACGGCAUUUGCAGAUUGAACCACCCAUUGUCGAAGAAGAGGAGGAGGCGUCCAGAUCAACGUCCAUACGGGAGGACCCUUCUUCCUCCAAACUCGAUCAUUCAACGGCCAAAUUGGAAGAUGAUGAUGAUCUCGAAAAUGUGCACGUCAGUGUUUCCUUUGAAGAUGAAGGUCAACCCGACAAAAACGUCGAGAAAAAUGACACGGCAUCCACUGUGGUAGAAAACGAAGAAUACAAGUGCAGGGAUUCCUUCGUAGACGAAGAAAACAAUCAUCGUGGACCAGCAACGGUGAAAGAAGAAGAAAAUCUUGACAAUCAACAACAGAUUGACAACUACAGCAAUCACGAUCCGCUAUCCGGAAACUCGGCUCACGAAUUUAAUGAAAGGAUAUCGUGCACUGCGGGACCUCCUGGAGUUGACUUGGGAUCGAGCAAGCUGGAAGAGGAGGAGGAGGAAGAAGAAGAAUUAGAAGAACCAGAUGAAGAGGACUGGGACAUGUCCAAACUGCACCUUGUCAACGUCAUUUGCUGUGGUCUCAACUGUGGUCCUGGGGGCAAAAAGAAACCCUUUGCCAAACGAGCUCUCAACUGUUGUAGUUGGACAUUUUGGUUUGUGCUCUUGGCGGCGUCCCUGUUCUUUGUCGUACUACUCAUUGGGGCGCAGUACCAGGAAAAGACAGUACGAAGACUUUUGCCACGUGUCAACGCAAUUCUGUACGACUUUCAGAAUGAGGGGGAGGUGUGUGCCUUUGAUGCGCGGGGUGAAAGCACUUUGCGGGCCAAAGUCGAAGCGACACAACGAAAUUUCACCAACAGAGACGAGGCUCAUUCGGCGGGAUACUCGGUUUUGCACUGCGGGGCCUGUGGGGCUUGCAGCAAUUAUAAUGACCUUCGUCAGCAGUACACAACUCGAGAAAUUCUGGGACAGGUAGCACUCAAGUGCGCCAAAAAAGUCCUCUUUGGUGGCGGUUUUGAGAAACUGAAGCAGUGCACAAUGGAAGAAACUUUGUUCCUCGACGCGUGUGCUGCUUGCUGGACACAGGACUAUAUCUGCGUCAAGCAGAAUUGUAUCUUCAUUAGCAUCAGGGCAUUCAUGAUCAACACAGUCACCAACUUGCAAGUGGGCGAGAAUGAUGUAACGCCGUCAGCAUGUGAAGAGGCAAUGUGUGAGGCCACAGAGAUCACAGGUUACGUUGGUUUCGUCCCCUGUUCGGGGGCAAGUCGCAGGCGAAUGAACGUCACAUCCAGCAUCGCUAGACCCGGAAAUCAGCAAUGCAAAAUUGUUGAUGUACCAAGUUGGGAACGCUUUUUUGGGCCCAGUACUGGCAACAAUGACUUUAUUGAAGAUUGGAAUGCAACAACUCUGUACAGGUAGAAGUUUACAUGACAAUGAAACAUAUUCUUUGGUCUGUGUGCCCUGCCGGGAUCACGGAUCUAGCUAGUAAUGAAAAAGUAGGAGAGGAAUGGUUACGGUACACAAUGCAUAAAGUAAAUUGGCUGCUUACGUGACAUCCAUCUACAUCCCUCUCAAAUGCAUAAAUUCCGUA